AACGAAGUGGAUAUCUCUCAGUUGCCCACAGUGCUAGAUGAGGACUCUAUUCGUGUCGACGGAAUCGGUCACAACGCAAUCAUCUCCGACGUCAUCUAUCAUCCUCCUAAAUCCAACGACUCUGACAAGAAACACGAGGAAGCGGUCAAAGAAUUGCAGCGCGAGAGAACAGCGCUAGAGCAACAGCUUAAAGUCCUCAAUAAGCAAGCGGAGAUAUUGCAGAAAUACUCCGACACGUUGAAAGGCGCUGAUACGCCCGGGAUCCAACUUAACGAGUUCCUAGACCUCUAUGCAGAACGGCAAAGUGGUAUCGACAAAAAAACGACGGAAAUCAACGAUAAGAUUGGGGAAGUAGACGAUAAGGUCAAGAAAGAGAAAGAGAUAUGGGAUGCCGAUACGGAAGGCAAGAAGAGAGCAGUCAGGGUCACUGUUGUCGUGUAUGCCGAGGAGGACGGAACAGCAGAUAUUUGCCUAACUUACCCGAUAUCUCCUAAUAAGACGGACAUUACUUUACAAUAUCGAGCGACCAUCGUCCAAAGUACAGGAGAGGACUGGAGAGAGGUAUCGUUAACACUGUCCACUGCUUCUCCUCAAUUAGGAAGUGCGAUUCCUAAACUCUCUCCUCAGUGGCUCAAUCCCAUAGUCCACUAUGCAACCAAGAGCUUGAAGAAGGUUGGUUUUGGCGGAGGGGGCGGCAAUCGCUUCGAGUCAUCUUCAGGGUCCGCACUGCCUCGAAGACAGUCACGGCUUCGCCUAGA